AUGACGCAGUCGGCUACUCAAGAAGGGGCAAAAACUGUCUUAUCAACUACUACAAAGACUAGUACCGCUCAGAGUGCAUCGACAAGUUCAAUAACAGCAUCAUCUAAAGAGGCGCGUCUUGAAACUACGGCAACUCAGACUGCAAAAACAGUUGUCAAGAACACGAGUACAUCUCCAACUAGCUUGGGUACAUCUGCUUUUACAACUUCUCCCCUUGUAGACCCCGGAACCUUGGCUGAUCUGUUCGGUUUAUCGGUAAGUUAAUCAGCAUUGUAUAGAUAUAAAAAGUUUCUAAUAUUUUCUUUAUCGAUAUCCUAAGCUAACAAAUUUAUAGAGCAAUGACAAUCAAGUGACGAUAAAUGCGAAUAUGUUGGUGUCCAUGCAAAUAGUUGCCGCUGGCCUUACUCAAACCGAAAGGGAUGAAGUUUCUUACCAAUUGCCGGAGCUGAUUAGCACUUGCACCAUUGACGGAAGGCCGUGCAACAUGGACAGGUAGGAUCUUUAUCGAUUUUCACAUUUCUUUCGUGAUUCGUCUUUUUAUUUCUUUUGCUUAUUUUUACUUCUUCUUCAGAGAUUUCGAUCAACGGUUUGACGUUGACUACGGCUACUGUUACACCUUCAAUUAUGCCGAGCCCUCCGGUUUCUACAACGCCACAAAUUUCGGGGCUGAUCAUGGUUUACAAAUCAUUACUAUCGUCGAUGAAGACGAAUAUCUCGAGUCCACCGAAUUCCAGGGCGUCAAGGUUGUUGUCCAUCCCCAGAACACUUGGCCAUUCCCAAACCAAGAGGGGUAUUUUGCACGGCCCGGAGCUGGAUUCGGAAUAAUGGUGCGGAGAGUACGUGCAUAUUUUAAUGAAUAUUUGAGUCGUUCCUGGCGUUCUUUUGUUGCAAAAAAUGUCAGCAUUUUUGGCAAUUAUUCAUGCAAAAAAAAUUAAUUUUAAAUUCCAUUUCCAAAGACCUAAAGUCAAAAGUUUAGAUACAGAAGAUCAUCUUUUCUAUCAUCUUUGUCCUAAUUUUGCUUGCUUACUGUAAAUAAGUUUUAUUUUUACCCCUCUCAGAACUCCUUCAGCCGUCUUGGCAAGCCCUACGGUCUUUGCGACACUUUGGAUUCAAUUUCCGCUCGAAAGCAGCAAUUCUUAUUUAACGGCACCUACAGUACCGAAGGCUGUCUGCGCUCUUGUUUUCAGACCAAGAUCGCCGAGACCUGCGGCUGUUUUGACGCCAGAUUCCCGGAGGUGAACGACACCGAGGUUUGUACUCCCGUCAACGCCGAUAAAUGUGAGUCGACUAAACUACAACGGAAGUCCAUAGCACAAUUUUCGUGCGUGUAAAAACCACUUAAUUUCUUUAAAUUGUAAUAUUCAAAACACGGCAACUUUUAGACAAAUGUUACACCGACUACAUUGAAAAGAAUGGCGAUUAUUAUUUCGCGGAUUGCGAGUGUGAUUCCCCUUGUCAAAAUGACGCAUUUGGCGGAGAUGUGGUCAACUUCCAUUGGCCUCAUGGCCCAUUUUUUGUCGACAAAGCAUGUGCGAAUCUUAGUGCCUCUGAAGAUUGUAUAGAGUACUAUCGGUCAGUCGUAUUUUAUAACACAAAAAAUUUCAAGUUUUUGCAAAAACAUUGUGAUGAUAAAAAAUUUCAAAAGAAUUUAGAUUAGUUAUGCAGUGCUUGAUGUUUGACUCAUAACUUAGGGUAAUACUUAAUGCAACAUUUCAGGAAAAACACGGUCCUCGUGCAGGUGUACUUUACCCAAUUCGGCUACGAGAGUUUGGAGGAGAGCCCGGACCAAGCGGUAAAUUUUGAAGACAGAAAAAUUGCUGUAGAUGUAAUGCAUAGGACUUGAAGAACAUUAUUUUUGCACAUAUAUUUAGUGACAACAUCUUUUGGCGACAUUUUUAUAGAGAAUUUUUUUAGCUUUUUCAUAGCGAAGUUGUCCCCUGUCAUAAAAUCAAAUUUAAUAAUUUUCAUGCAUAAAAUCACAAAAGGUACAACAUUUGACCAAUUUUCGGACACAUAUUUUGAUUCUGUCUGUAAAGUCCGAGCUAGGAAUUGGGCAUACGUCUUACUAGUCCGUUUGCUACAAUAAGGGACCUGAUCCACUGGCAAAAAACGUACCAUUUUGCAUCCGGGAAGCAUCAAAAAUAUGGCUAAAUGCUUCCCUCUCCAAGUGAAAAAACAUCGUUUGAAGAGCGCGCCCUCUCCCUCACAAAAAGAGCGGGCGCGCUUUUGAAACCGGAUUUCUUCACUUGGAGAAGGAAGUAUUUUGCCACGUUUUUGAUACUUCCCGGAUGCAAAAUGGUACGUUUUUUGCCACUGGAUCAGAUCCCCCACUGUAGUACAAAAAUUUCAUCAAAUUUGACGCCAAGUAUGACCAGGAUUUGAACGUCAAACUUUGAGCACUUUCUUUGAUCAAUGUCAGAGAAUUGCAGUGUAUGUUAACGCGCUAAAUUUUAGUUCACCGACCUCUUGAGCAAUCUGUACGGAAAUACCGGUCUCUGGAUUGGCUGGUGUAUUAUAACUGUUGGAGAACUGGUCCUCACUUUCCUCCAAAUGAUCACAUGGAUCUGCCGGACCAAGUAUGAGAUCCCUGAAGUUCCAAGUUGCCGAAGAAGAAAUUAUCCGGAAUGCGAGGAAGAUGAGGAAGAAAAUACGGCUGUAACAGCAUCCGGAGAGUAUUCUUGCAACACAAAUGCGGUUGACAUGAGAAAUAUCAUGGCUUCAAAGAGGAAAUCGAUGAAAAAUCAUGCUAACACAGGUGAGAAAUCUUUUUUUGCAAUUUUUUGAAGCUAAAGUUUUGUUUUCAAUUCAAUUUUUAUUUUAGAUAAAACUUCCUCUCAACGGCCAGUGGACCUCGACAAAUAUUGCGGAAUAUACGAACCAACUUACAAUAAUAUUUUAAAAGUCGUUUAUCCCUCUGACAUUGCGACUGUUCGACCAGCGUUUGAGUAA